AUGCAGCGAUAUUGUCCAAACCUUCGAGAUGCUUUUGACGGGUUUGUUGGUUCCGAACUAAAGCUCGUUCCCAAGAGAAUUGUCAACCGCCAAAGGAUCGCCAAUCCGACCAAGAGACAGAAGCCUGGUAUCAAGCGCGAACUAGUUCUACGAGCUGGGUCACCACCUUUAUCGGCGGGUUGGGCUACGAUUACCGCAAAUGCUUUAGUUGUCGGCAAAACACCUAUGAUCGUUGGUGCGAACACUUCGUCAAGACUUGAAAACGCCCAAACUCACGUAGGACUCGGACAACUGACAUUGACGAGAUGCCAGAAUGUUCUACAGGCUGGCACAGAUGAUGGACAUGCCCCUGAACUGGGCGAUGAGACACUAUACGAGGAAGCUCACGAAGAAGAUCGUGACAACGAUGUUACUGCUGAGACUGGUCACUACCAGCUCAACCGAGUACCCACAUCUUGA